UCUCCAUUAAGCUGUAACUUAGGUUUAUCUCAUUUUCUCUUCAUCCCCUUCAUCCUUUUGCAGCCGCUGAAGUGAGGUUAAAGUGACAGUAGAGAUCUUCUCUGUCCACCUUGGCUUAGCUCCGCUUAGUCUUGGUCCUUACUUUGCUCAUAACUGUUAAUCAUAUACUUUGUUAUUGUAACUUAUUUGAUUCAAUGGCUCCAAGAACCUCAAAGGCUGAUAAGAAGGUCGCUUACGACCACAAACUGUGCCAGCUCCUCGAUGACUACUCCCAGGUUCUUAUCGCUGCUGCUGACAACGUUGGAUCGAAUCAGCUCCAGCAGAUUCGUAAAGGUCUCCGUGGCGAUUCCAUUGUUCUGAUGGGCAAGAAUACUAUGAUGAAGCGUUCUAUCAGAAUUCACUCCGAGAAGACAGGAAACUCUGCCUACCUCAACCUUAUCCCUCUUCUUGUGGGAAAUGUUGGUUUGAUUUUCACCAAGGGAGAUCUGAAGGAAGUAAGCGAGGAAGUCGCCAAGUACAAGGUUGGAGCACCUGCUCGUGUUGGUCUUGUGGCUCCAGUUGAUGUUGUGGUGCCUCCAGGUAACACAGGACUGGAUCCAUCUCAGACAUCUUUCUUCCAGGUGUUGAACAUUCCCACUAAGAUUAACAAGGGUACUGUUGAAAUCAUUACCCCUGUUGAACUUAUCAAGAAGGGUGAAAAGGUUGGGUCUUCUGAAGCAGCAUUGCUUGCAAAGCUUGGCAUUAGGCCAUUCUCAUACGGGCUUGUUGUUGUGAAUGUGUACGACAGUGGAUCUGUCUUCACACCGGAGGUUCUUGAUAUGACUGAAGAUGACCUUGUUGAGAAAUUCGCCACUGGAGUUUCCCUUGUUACCUCAUUGGCUCUUGCCAUCUCAUUCCCAACCCUGGCUGCUGUUCCACAUAUGUUUAUCAAUGCAUACAAGAAUGUUUUGGCUGUUUCUAUUGCAACCGAUUACUCUUUCCCCCAGGCUGACAAAGUUAAGGAGUAUCUCGCGGAUCCAAGCAAGUUUGCUGUUGCUGCACCAGCUGCUGCUGCCUAUUCAGGCUCUGCUCCGGCUGCCGCUGCUAAGGAAGAGAAGGUUGAAGAGCCAAAGGAAGAGUCUGACGAUGACAUGGGUUUCAGUUUGUUUGAUUAAACUUAAAAAGUAUGUUUUGAGGUCUUUGUUUGCGAAAACUGUGUUUUUUACAUUUGAGAACAUUAUCUUGUAGUCUUUGUUUUGUUUAUGUUGUUGUAGUUGUAUUCCCGUUUUGUUUCAAAAGGGUUUACAUUUACCAAACUGAAUUUUAGUUACCUUUUAAGGUUUUAUUAUUAUAUGGUUUUUCUUUCAUAAUCUA